UAAGGGUGCCGCUGGUAUGGAGUAUGAAAGCGUCGGGGGCGGAGGCGGUGGGGGCCGUGGGGGUGUCCAACCAACCUCUGCAGGUGCGAGGGGUAUGGCGGGAACAGACACUACUGAUGCUGCAUGGCACAAACAUGAACAAAUGAUCCUUAUGGAAUCCAGGCAUAAGCAACAAUUAAGCGGUAGAGCGGGUGCGGGUGGAGGCGGUGGCGCGCCCCUUUACGGUCGUCUGGUAGCUGAGGAGCCAUUACCACCCACAGUAUGUGGGGGUGCCGGUACCGGUGGCGGUACCGGUGGGGUCCCGCAAGAAACCCCCGCGGAUAUACACGCCAUGCAAGCCAGGAUACCCCAUAGGUUUCGUGAUCCAGCUACGGCACCCCUUAGGAAACUCAGUGUAGAUCUCAUCAAAACUUACAAGUACAUCAACGAGGUUUAUUAUGCUAAGAAGAAGAGGAGGGCGCAACAGAUGCAAGGAGAAGAUGGUUCCCAUAAAAAAGAAAGAAAAUUCUACAACGAUGGCUGGGAUGACGAUAAUCAUGAUUAUAUUAUCAAGAAUGGGGAAAAGUUCCUCGAUCGUUAUGAGAUCGAUUCGCUAAUAGGUAAAGGCAGUUUUGGCCAAGUAGUAAAAGCGUUUGAUCACGAAGAACAAACGCAAGUGGCAAUAAAAAUUAUCAAGAACAAAAAACCUUUUCUAAAUCAAGCGCAAAUCGAAGUGAGGCUAUUGGAAAUGAUGAACAGGGCGGAUACCGACAACAAAUAUUAUAUAGUUAAGCUAAAGAGUCAUUUUAUGUGGCGAAAUCAUUUAUGUCUGGUAUUCGAACUGUUAUCGUAUAAUCUAUAUGAUCUACUUAGAAAUACGAAUUUUCGAGGCGUGUCGUUGAACUUAACAAGGAAGUUUGCACAGCAACUGUGUACUGCCCUUUUGUUCCUGUCUACACCGGAAUUGAACAUCAUUCACUGUGAUCUGAAACCCGAAAACAUACUUUUGUGCAAUCCCAAACGAAGUGCGAUAAAAAUAGUGGAUUUUGGUAGUUCGUGUCAACUUGGACAAAGGAUAUACCAGUAUAUUCAAUCUAGGUUUUACCGAUCUCCCGAAGUCUUAUUAGGAAUACCUUAUGACCUUGCGAUAGACAUUUGGAGUCUAGGAUGUAUUUUAGUUGAAAUGCAUACGGGAGAACCUCUAUUCAGUGGGUCCAAUGAGGUCGAUCAAGUGAAUAAAAUCGUAGAAGUACUAGGAAUGCCACCGAAACAUAUAUUGGACCAAGGGCACAAAGUGCGGAGAUACUUUGACAAAGUCCCCACGGAUGGCUCGUAUGUGCUGAAAAAGAUAAAGGAUAAAAAGUACAAACCUCUUGGCACAAGACGCUUACAUGAUAUCUUAGGUGUCGAAAGCGGAGGCCCUGGUGGUAGAAGGAUAGGUGAACCUGGUCAUUCAGUUUCCGAUUACCUCAAAUUCAAAGACUUGAUCCUGCGAAUGCUGGACUUUGAUCCGAAAACAAGAGUGACACCGUAUUAUGCACUUCAGCACAAUUUCUUUAAGCGUACAGCCGACGAGGGGACCAACACGAAUAUUGCUGCUGUCAACAGUGCUAACACGAGCCCGGCAGUAGUAUUGAUGAGCCAAGAUCAUGGACUGGCAACCGUGUUAGGACAGGGAAGCAACAACAGUGGCAAUCCGAUGCAAAUAUCAAGUCUCCCUGGUGGCUAUCAGUCAAUGGAGUGCGAGUCAUCGCCUCGUCAUUUGGGGAAUCGACGCGUCGUAACAACAAACUAUCCGUCAACUUCGGCCACUGGGGUGUCUGCAUCCGGGGCGAUGUCCAUGCAAUCUGUAGACAGUUCCCUGAUACAAAGCUCUCUUGGAUCGUAUAAUAGCCUAAUUCUCCCUGGUAUACCCCAUCUGCCUGCGAUGAUGACCUCACCAAUGAUUCAGCAGCAGAACUUUUACAAUUACGGUUAUUCGACGACUGAUGCGCACGGAAUAGUCAGACAACCGUCGACAGUCUCAACCGGUAAACAGAGAGAUCCGGAAAGAGAAGACAGUCCUAUGGUUGGAGUAUGCGUCCAGCAGAGUCCAGUUGCUAUUCACUGAAACGAAUAAAAGUAAAAUAAACUACGACGACAGUCGAAUAUACGUAUUGUCGUCGCGAUAGCGGUACCGUCAAAAUAUAUAUUAGGUGAUUAUAUAUACUGUAUAUACAAAGUUCAUGACGAUACCGCAAAACCUAUCGUACUGUUUAAUGAAAAGAAGAAAAAAAGGAGGGAAAUAAGAACGGGCAGUAGGAAAUUUGAAGCCCUUCCCUGCUGUGUUGCUUUGCAUUUCGUCGUUUUGUUGGCUAUGAGGAACACCUUGAGAUGAAAGCACUACAAAUAUAGCAUUACUGUGUAAACGUGUUGAAAAAAAAGCUAUGGUCAUUAGUAAAAGUACACUGCUUCAAUUAAAAAGCUUAAGAAAAAAACGAAACAUAUAAAAGACAAAACUUAACAAAGUAACUCGUCGUCCGAGAAUUUCUUUGUUUGUUUAUAAGAAAAAGAGGCUUUAAAAAUAUAUGAGCAGCUUCUUUAAAGGAAAAAAAGACAAAAAAAGGGAAAAAAAGAAAAAAAGAAUAAGAGUGACAAAAAUUCAACUGAAAAAUAGACUUACGAAGAAAUGCAAAGGAAAACACGAGGGAAGCUUCCUUUUUUCCAUUAUUUUUUCUUUCCCUUCUUAGUUUUUUAUUUGUGUAUCUUAAGAAGCCGACUGGUCUUACAUUGGGCACGGAUAUACCGCGUCCGGCACAGAAGCUUAUGAUACUUUGCUUAUGAGGACGGACAGACAAACAUGGUCUAGUGAGGAUGAACCCAGCUGGCCUCUCGGGUCCUGCCCGAUUCUGCAAACACUCCAAAUGCUUUAGUCGCGUGCGAACGUCGUUAACAAAUUUUGACACCCAAACUGUGUGGCCUAGAGAGCGAAAAGUGAUAAUUACUAUUAUUAAAAAUGCAUUAAACAGGAGGAAAAGUAAGAAUUACCAGUGUAAGCAUAUACUCCAAUAGAGUUUUAUACACAAUGUCACGAAUGUAAACGGUUUAGCAAGUAAUUGCUAGCAAACAGUCGCGUCAAAUGCUAGUUAUUUGUACAAUAUACAUAGAUAAAUGAUAAGAGUGCAGCUUUAGGAUUUAGCUUUUAAGUGUGAAAGAGGAGGUCGAACACUCACAUUGUAAACUCGACUCUUUUAUUUACUUUGAUGAACAGAAAAGAGGACGUUGCAAACGUCAGUUUGUUGUCGAUAAAGAACUUUAAACAAACGAGGUUUGCAUGAUUUAACAACAAUACAUAUUUAUACAGAAGACAGUAACAAGAAAGUUAAAAGGCAGUAUACACGUAAGAGUGAUCAAGAUGAUAUAAUCAUACAAAAACCUAGGUACUUUAUAAUAAACGAUACGCGCGUACUCAUAUACAUAUGUUUCCAAUGGCAGUCGUAAUUGAUUUUUGCCGUUUCACUUUGGUAAUUGUAACGUUAUUUAUAUUAUAUUAAUAUACC